GAGAGAGAGAGAGAGAGAGAGAAUGCAUUAAACUAAUAGCAUCUUUUCAUAAUAUUUCCUUUUAAUAAAAAAAUAAUUAUUUAUUUAAAAUAAAUUCCGUAGGAUUAAUUUGUUUUUAAGCAGAAACUUUUUACAUCGAUUUUGGUACUUUAUUAUAUGUAUAGUUGAUGCAAAAUUAAUUUUUUACAAAAUUAGGAUUUUUUAUUGUCUUUUAAUGGGUCAUUGUAAUAAAUUGUCAUUUUGUCGAAGAGUCGGUGUUUUAUUGUUGCGAGCUGCGACGUGAAUCGUCAUUUAAAUUCCGUAAGAAUGCGAGCUUUUUAUUGCCUAUACGGCAUUCCACGGAUAAAGACGGAUGUUUAUGUCUUGUGAGAAUCUUAGGAGUUCAAGAACACCACGGUACGAUUUCGCAUUAGGAAAACGCGACGGCAGGCAAUGCCGGCAGACAUUUCCAUUACAAAGACGGCCGCUUUUGGGUGGAUCAAGCCGCAAGGAUGCCACUCGAAUAUGUAUGUGAGACACUCGUGAAAGGAGCGGCCUGACCUCGAACUCGAAAUAUAUUCGUCAAACCGCUCAUUUCGACGGCUCCCUGACAGUUCCGGAAGCUUUUUUCGCGUAUAUUUUCUCGAAUUCGAAAGAUUACAAAUAUCGAAAUAUAACGAUUGCGAUAUUCAAAUCGCAUUACGAAUAACGCUUAGACGAUAUCAAUCAUUUAUGCUUUAAAGAUUUGCGCAACAAACGGUUUAUCGUAAUUUAAAAUUACGAUAUAACAUUCUAUAUGUAUAUGUAAUAGAACGCGGAAUGAAUUUUAAUAGCGCUUUUUAUAUAUUAUAUGAGUAUUAUAUAGGUUUUGUACUCUAUUUUGUUCUUUGUAUAUAAUAAUUAAUGUAAACAGCUUUAUUUAUCGCGCAACUGUGACAAAAAAGAUUACAAGAAGAAGGGAACAGAUAUGAAUAAUAAAUCUAAACCUCAAGGCAAUUCAUGAUCAUAUAAUAUUAACACCGAAGGGACAUUGAUCGCAUUUAUGUAUUUUUAAAAAUAGAAUUUCUUGUUAUUUGAGAUCAGAGAAAGCAAUAAGAGUAAAUAAAAGAAAAUUCAAAGAAAGAUGAUAAGAUACUGAAAAAAAUGAAAAAAGCAAAAUAUAAAAUAUUAAAAGAAAAAGAACCCAGUCGAAGAAGUAUUGACAGAAAAUGGAUUAGAAAUGGAAAUAAAAAAAAAGAUUAAAUUAGAUAAUAAAAAUUAAAUAACGUAAUAUCAUAAAUUCUGAUUAAUAAUAUGAUAUGUUAUAAUUGAGAUUUGAUAGAGAUAAUAUAUAUAUGUCUUUGAUGAACAUUCUAUUCUAUAAUUACACCAAAUAAAAGAAAUUGCAGAAAUUUUAUUUUUCUUUGGAAAAGCAAUUUUACUAGACGGAUGUAAUUAAGUCAUAAAAGUUAUUGGUACUUUCAACUUUAUAAUCUUAGUAUAUGAUUAAAGUUUAUAUAAUUUAAAGUUUAUGUAAUUUAAAUUAAACAGACUAACAAAAUUUUUUUUCCAGAAAUCAAGAACUAUUGAUUUGUGUUUGAUAUAAAUUUUUGUGGUAUUUUAUUAUAUACGUAUUUCAAUAACUUUUUUUAACUGCGAAUACUUUUUAUUGUUUCUUUGGUAUAGUUUGGAUGUUCGACUUUCCUCUAAUUUCUGAGUAUUAAAGUUUGAUAUAAUUUAGUUUUGCUUUAUUCCAUACGCAUAAAAUCCCACGUAAUAAAAAUACAUUACAUGUUAUUUUCUGAAACUAAUUAAGUGUCAUAUCAUUGAAGUAUGCCAUCGCAACUGCUUUUGAAGUUUCAAGUAACCCUUGUGCGAAAUCCUAGCCUGACAAUCGAAAGAACAAUGAUAACCUUGAAAAAUAAACAAUUUCCGGAAAUUAACGAAUUAUUCGUGAAAAUUGAGGCGUUAUGUCACAAACAACCAUUUAGGAUUUAUUGGCGAGUUUCUGAACAAGAAUAUAUGCCCAUUUAUAAUUUUAUAAGUCUAAAGGGAGGACUUAAUCUGAUGUAUACACCGGGAAUUUACGUGGUAAUGGAUGAACCCGUGGAAGUUGUACAAUACAAAGGUCAACUCCUUGUUCAGCAAAACCAUGACUCUCGAAACGGUAACAAAAUCGAUGCCAGUUACGAUCUCGAGAUCCUUCUGCACAGUCUUAAUACUUCAAUGUACAAGAUGAACGAUAUUGAAGUGUUGCAGCGAGCUCUUUUGAGAAUUCAACUGUCUGAUGAUCCUCGAGUUACGUUCAAUCAUUUUGUUGCCAAGACAUCGAUUCCAUAUACAUGCGAAUGGAAAGAAGUUGAUAGGCAAUUAGAAAUUCUUAUGAAAGGUGAACUUAAUAAGAACUUAAUGAACUUAAUAAGCAACGCUCGAAAAGAUUUAUUUAUUUAUUUUUUGCGCAUGAUUUUUUUCUAUUGGAGAUGAAGUUAUGAAAUUAUAAAUGAAACACUUAGUCAUGAGAUUUUUUUUACACAAAAAAAAUCGACGAUACUUUAACGAGUAAGCAGGCGUGAUAUAUUAGAUCGUGACAACUUUUUAAAAGAUGAGUUGCGAUUAUAAAAGUAGAGGAAAGCUUUCAAGCGAAUCAGUUGCCGUAUCGCAAAGUACGGACGAGAGAACAGAAUGAGAAGAUUGUAACUUUGUCGUUCACGUUUAUUUCUACAUGACACAGUUUCGACCAUUAUGCCGCUGCACAUCCGUUGCAGAGAUAGAACAACCGGAUAAAAUUUAUUCUAUUUCACGAUAAGUUCCUUCGUUAUUACAUUUACGUUUGUCUCUAUGUAGCUUGCCACUUCGCGUAGUAUUGUCGCGAAGCGUCCGUGUUUAUUGAGAAGCGCAACAAGGAUCGGGAGAACUCGGUCCCUAUCGAUCUCCUAGCUCGAUGCACAGCUUAUUGAAUCUGCGACACAGUCAGUUACUUGUUCGAUUUCACGUAAAAAGACGAAUCAUCGAAUUUCGGCUUUGACUGAUCGAAAGUACUAGUUUCAGGGAGUUUAGCGUGCAAAUGACAAAGUUCUAUAAACUCGAGAAACGUGUAAUAUGUAUAGCGUACGGGGGUUAAAUUCAAUCAUUUGUAUUUUCAUGAAGGAAGUUAAAUGGACCUCUCUUUAUUUUGCAAGACUAGCUCGUUUCCCUGGGAACGGUAACCUGAAAUUUAUUCUUCGAGCGUGGACUAGCCUGGCUGUUAUUCCGUAGAAAACUCUCUUCUAGAGGAAGAGAGAGAAGACUAUAAAGUUGAAAAAUGAAUCGUGUUCGCUUGCCUAACUUUACGCACGUGUGCGCAUUGUUUUAUCCCGCUUCCAGCUUUGUUGAAAUAUAAAAUAAUGGAACGUUGUUCUCUUGGGAAUUCUCUUUGUUGAUUAACAAGUUUGAUUCUUGAUUGGCCGCGGUGAGUAGAAAUUCAGUUUAAUUAACUGCCGGUAGAGUUAUUUGUAGAGUCAAGUUACCGAAUAAAACUGGUAGAUGUUAGGAAAUUUCAGAGUAAUUGGUUGAUCAAGCAAAUGAAGAAAAUACACAUGCUGCUCGGGAAUGAGUGUUUUUACGAACGAGUCGAUCUCUGGAGCUCUGUUUACUUGUUUAAUUGUAUUUGCUUAAUAAUUUGUUACGUCACAUCCUCGUAAAUGUAAGCAAAUUGUCUCUCGGUGAAGUAAUAAAAUUUAUAUUUCUUAUUUUAUGAAACGUUUAUUGUGCAUUUCUAUGACAGCUAUGACAGCAUUUUGUAAUUAAUUACAAUUCAUUAGGGAACAAUAUUAAUUGAGUUGUGCAACACCAAAGAUUACGCUAAUUAAUUGGAACAAAAUUAUAAAUGUCAUUCUUCCAAAAAAGGACAUAUAUGUCAGCAUAAAUUCAAAUUAAUUAAUAUUCGUUUGAGUAAAUUAAAAUCAUUCGCUUUAGAAAUAUCGAAACGCAAAUUGCUUUACUAAGAAGAUUAUAUUUUAAUCAAUAAUGUAUAAUCAAUAAGGUAUGAUAUUUUCUCUCUCCGUCUCCUCUCUUUCUCUCGUCGUGUAAGUGCAUCGAUUUCAAUCAUACUUUCUACCAAGUUGUAAUCAUAACAUUCGCUGAAAGCAAUUUAAGUUCCAAAGAAAAGCAAAAGGAAAGAUCCACUGAGUGCAAUUAGACAAUUCUUUUCCUCGGGUAUGUACAUUGAUGGUUGGUAGUUUAAUUAACGAGUCUGUCUGCGGAGGUAUAAUUAAUUUCUACGAUUCCUCGCAAGAUUUGUACGCCUUUGGCGUUUAUUCAAGACGUAAAGGUGCGAGAGGACGAAUCCCUAAACGGUCGAGAGGAAAGUAGCUCAAAUGGUGGACAUAUUCAGCAUCGCCGUUGGGUGGAAAUUGCUUUUCCUGCUCGCUGUACGACAAUUCGUGCUCGCGUAUGCGUCACGCACAUACACAAACGCUCAGGUCCUGAUAUUUUCAGUAUACGCGAUAUCGCCCAGCGUGCAAAUAGAAUCCGCAAAUCCUUUCCUUCUCUUUUCGUUGCCCGCUGGGUAUAUAUAUGUACAUGUCGCAUUUACUACUCCUUGCUCCUAUUAUUUCUCUCUCCGUGAUUGUGUUUCCUUAUGAGAAAGUACUUCUCUUUGUCUCACGUCAUCGCAUCAUCAAUUCUCGCGGUUAGUUCUAUUAUGCGAUUUUUUUUUUUAAUAGACUCCAUUGCACCGUUUAUAAUCUUUUUUUCAUUUUUUUCAGGAUGGAAAUAUUAUUCUUCGACAAAAUAUUUAAGUUUGACACUUGUAAUUUAAAAAAUUAUGGCAAAGUUUAUAAAAAACAUAAAUAUAAAGAUUACAUGAAAUAAGAUGGAAAUUUUUCUGAAUAUAUUUGCUUUUAUAUCGUACAAACAUUUAUGUCAUACAGUGUGCAUUAUGAAAAAUUUUUGCAUUGUACAGGAGAAUACUAAAAAUAUACUUCAUAUAUUCCUGCCCGGUUUUUGAAAAGCAUUGUUGGCAAAAUAAUUAAACGGGGAUUUUGGGAAUAAAAUCUGCAAAUACUUAAAUUUCUGCAAUUCUUUCUUCUGUCGGUCAUCGUCACAUAAUCUUUUUUUCUUUUCAUCUAUCUACUAUCUCCGUUUUCCAUCCUCUUCGCAGCGACGAAAAUCUCUCUUGGUAAAUUGAAUGGCUUUGCGCGCACAGGAUGGAAGCACCUAAUAAGGUCGUGCCGGCUUAUUGAAAGUUGGAUUUCCGCACGUCUCCUCAAUGUGAGGGCCAGACUGAACCUAACAACGAAAGAUCCCUACGCGAAAGAAGUCAGAAAUCACAUUUAGCAGUAGAAGAGUUUAUUAAGUCGCUCAAUAAAAUAUGAAAAA